AUGAGUAGUUUAAAAGCAGAGAAUCUCAGUACAGAGGAGACAAUUAAGAAGUAUCAAGAGUUGGAAAGAAGGAAAAAGCAACAGUUUCUUAUUAAUGAAAUCUAGCAGCAGGAUUAUGAUGUUAAUGACUUUGUAAGAUUUCUUAUAAGCAAGAAGGGUAAGUAGUAUUUGGGAAAUAAAUAUGGGAUUGUAGAUGAUGAUGUUAUGGAAAUAGACAACUGGGCACUAGAUGAACUGUAAGAAGCAGUGUAGGAAUUCAAGUAGUCUCACUAACCAAAGGUGAUAAAUCAGAUAUACUAUGAGGGAUAGAACGGCAUAGAUGGAUAAGCCAAUGAUCAGGAGAACAACCCUAAUUAGGACUUUGGGUUUGGGGCAUAGCAGGCUUAAGAAUAAGAUGAAUUCACUUAGUUCUUAGGAGGUAAGAGAAUUACAGUGAUCGAAUCGAUAGACGGUGAAGACUCUAUCAUGCUGAAGGCUAUAUCAUCUACUUUUAAGUUAUAUGAAAAGACCAAUAUGAUAGUCAAGACUACUCUGAAUCAUAACUCUAUUGACUGCGAAGUAUUCGAGAUUUAGUUCAUUAAUUCAGGAAUACUAAAAUCUUAGAAUCAAAAAAUAUAGCUUAGGAUCAGAAUGGAACUGUAAGAUUCUUUGGAGAAGUAUGAAGUUAAAAGAACAUUUGACGAUUUAAUAAUGCUAAGGAAAUUUCUCAUUAAGAAAUACCCAUACUAUUUAGUUCCUCCUCUAUUGGAAAAAGUAAAGCUCAAUAAACUGCAAAUAACUUAGAGAUUUUCUCAAAGAUUUUUAAGAUCGUUGUUAACAUCAGAGAUCUUUAGGGCAGAACCAGAGCUCUUCAACUUCCUAACGAAGGAUUCAAAGGUUAGCAAGGACUUGAAAAAGAGACUUAAGGAAAAGCCAAUGGAAAUGGGUUUAUUUAAUAUAUACACUGAAGAGGGCAUGGUUAAAAUCUAGACUGAUAUUAUGUCUGCAAUUUUUUGCAGUAAAUACCCAGAGUUUCUGUAGACAUACAGAGAUCUAUUUGACAAUAUGUUCUUAUCUAUGAAGCAAAUAAAAUAGAUGGGUAAAAUACUUGGGUAUUUAUACACGCAUCUCAGCGCCCUAAUUCUCAAGAUAAACUCUAUUCAUGAAAAAGUGAUCAUGCUUGAAGAAGACUUUGCUCUGAGGAAUGUAGGCAAUGGACUAAAAAGUCUUGGUACUUAUUUCAAUUGUAUGGCUGAUGUGUUCUAUCAGAAUUUGAGAAAAGAUCUCUAAUAUACUGCUAUGCUAUCAGAGUAGUCAUAUUAGGAGCUCUGGGAUUUUAGGUUGAAAUUUAAGGAUGAGUUUUUAAAUCUGUCAAAUAACCUGGAAAAGAAAAAGGAGAAGUUGUUUAGCAAAGGUAAUAUCGAUAAAUGGGGAAUAAAAGACUAAGUAUUUAAGGAAUAAAAUAGAGAAGCAUUGCAAACAGACUUUAAAUUUGCAUUGCCAUAUAUGCUGCAUGAAGAGACCGAUAAGAUGGAGAGAGUUAAGCUUGUGUUCUAAUUCUUCACCAAUUAGGUUUUUAAUGAAGUAAGUAAGGAAUAAGAAAAGUAGUACACCGAAAUCUGUAAGAUUUUUGUAAAAAUGGCGAUGAAGAUGAAAAUGGCUGAAACUGAUCUAAUUUCUGAGUGGUCAGAUAUAACUUUUAGGUGUUAAGCUGAAGAAAGUAAACAAGAUUUUGAAUAUUAAUUCAAUCAUAAAAGAUCGACAGUCUUAAACCAAACUGAAAUUUUAGUAUCAGAAGAGAAGGAAGAUAAAAUUGUUAAAUAAGAACUCGAAGAGUUCAAAGAAGAAGAAUAUAAAGUUAUUUAAAUUGAGUCUAAGAAACACAAUAAGGAAGCAUAGGAAUAAUCAAAAGAUAAAGAUACUUUAGUUCAUAAAGAUAAAGAAAAUGAAAUGGAAAUUUAGUAGAAAGAUGAAAAAUAGAUUGAAGAGAUGAAGGAUGAACCAGUCAAUGUAAUAGUAGUUUAGGAAAAAGAAGAUGAAGAAAAAGACAAAGAUUAAAGUAAAGAUUAAGAUAAAUAGAAAAUUGAUGAGCAUGAUAUUAAUCAUUAAGAAAUUUAGUAGGUGGAUGUUUAAGAAAACGAAAAUAAUAAGGUUUAGAGCAAUGAGAUUAAGUAAGAACUAGUUGAAGAAAUUAAUAAAGCAAUUGAUUAAUAGGAUUAAAAAUGA